CACUUUUUUCAUACCGACCAACAAAAAAACGCGCGCAUAGAAAUAAAUAAUUAUUAAAAAUCUAGAAUGUCCAGUGACAGUGAGGAAUAUUACACGAAUGAUGAAGACGACACAGUCGGCAGCACCGUUUCAGUGCAAUCAAGCCACGCUUCCCGCCACAACAGUCGCGGGAGCAGCCGCAAUAGUAAUUCUGGCGUAAUUAUUGACGAAACCGAGUCGGAAGAUGAAGACUUGCGUCCUUCCAGGGCUAAGCCGCAGUCGAAGAAGAAGCAUCGUCUUGCGGUGAUCGCAUCCGACAGCGAAGAUGAAGAUGAGCUGGACUCGCGCGCCUUGUCCCCGAGCACGCGCAUGAGCAUUACAGGUGUACGCCCACAGGAUCUGAGCGAUGAUUCCAGUGAGAUUGACUACAGCGACGUAGAGGCUUCACCAGCUAGAGCGGAAGAGACCUACAACGAGAAUGUCGAGCGAGCGGACGCAGCUGCUGCACGCGCCCGACAAUCCAUUGAUGGCGGAGGCGGAGGCCUAUUGCCACGCUACAGCACGCAGUUUGUGGGAAACAUCGAGGAGACUUUGCACUCAACAGUAUUUCCAGGGAACAUUGAAGCGUCACUCGACGAUUCGAGUGGCAGUGAUGUCCUCAUACUAAGCAACAAGGAGAUUCCCCCCAUUGAAAUAUCAAGUACGGAGGAUGAAAGUAGCAGCAACAAGGAAAACGUAUCUGCUCCGCCCCCCUUACGACGAUCCUAUUCGCCCCGCAGUAGCGCUGGAGCUCCAGUCGUUAAGUCUACCAAGAGCCUCACGCAGCCGACCAUACAGACGGCAUUCAAAAAGAACGCCUCCCCGGUUGCUUCUCGCCGUUCCCUGAUCAAGAGUGAAAAUCGCAAGGAUGUAACUCAAGAGUACUAUGAGGAGGAGAUGCGCAAGCUGAUGGAGAUGCGCACCCAAAAGAAUGACGCCGAAAAGCUCUAUGAGAAGGUGGCCAAAAAGUUGCCGGACAAAGGAAGCCAAAUCAAGAAGCGUAUCGAUGCCUUGGGCCGGGAAAUUGAGUUGAAAAGUAAAAUUAUGAGUGGCCUGAAAGUAGCAGUCCCAGUAGCAAUCAAGAAGGUGGCCACUGCGAUGAAGGCUCCCGAGACCGCCCACGACGAUACACCCGACUGGGAUGUCCUCUCUGCAGCGGUCAACUCUAUUCAACCCAAGUUCACUGGAGCUCAGGGAAUGGCCACGUUUAACAACCAGAAGGCCUUAACGCUGGAAUCCCUUAAGGAUCUCCAUGGGUCGCUGAAGGGCUGCCCUUCAGAGGACGUUCUGGCCGACGAUCCAGUGGGGCUGAAGGUAACAUUAAUGGGUCACCAGAAGCAUGCCCUCGCGUGGAUGUCUUGGCGCGAGAAGCAGAGUCCACGUGGCGGCAUCUUGGCCGACGACAUGGGCUUGGGCAAGACCCUGACAAUGAUAUCAUCCGUUCUCGCCUGCAAGAACCGCCAGGAGAGCGGAGCUGGCGGCCACGCGGACAGCGACAGCGAGGAAGAGAGCGACACAAAGCGGAAAAGCACUGGUGGAUGGAACUCUAAGGGCCGCAAAGAUACUCAUCGCGGUGGCACUUUAGUCGUGUGCCCGGCCAGCUUGCUUCGUCAGUGGGAGGCAGAGGUCGAGUCCAAAGUCGCCCGUCAUCGGUUGACCGUGUGCGUGCAUCAUGGCAACAACCGCGAGACGAAAGCCAAACACCUGCGCACAUACGACAUCGUGGUGACCACCUACAACAUUGUGGGCAGGGAGCAUAAGGAGUCGAGUGCCUUGUUUGGUGUCAAGUGGCGUCGCAUCAUACUGGAUGAGGCCCAUGUUGUGCGCAACUACAAGGCACUGGCGUCAAUCGCGGUAAGCGAUCUGCGCGGCAAGUUCCGCUGGGCUCUGACUGGCACACCCAUACAAAACAAGGAACUAGAUAUAUAUGCGCUUUUGAAGUUCCUGCGCUGUUCGCCGUUCGACGACCUGACCACAUGGAAGAAGUGGAUCGAUAAUAAAAGUGCUGGCGGACAGAACCGUCUCAAUUUGCUGAUGAAGUCCAUCAUGCUCAGGCGCACCAAAGCACAGCUGCAGCUAGAAGGGAAAUUGAACAGCUUGCCCGGCAAGGAGUUGCGUUUGAUUGAGAUUUCACUUGACAAGGACGAGAUGAACGUGUACCAGACGGUCAUGACAUAUUCCAGGACAUUGUUUGCACAAUUCCUGUUCCAGCGCGCCGAAAAAGACUCGGACGCUAACUUCAUAUCCGAUGCCAACAGGCCCACAUACAACCAAAUCAAGGAUCCUAAUGGGGCCUACUAUAAAUUGCACGAGAAGUUCGCCCGAAUGGCAGGCCAAAAAAAGGAAGUAAAGUCCCACGAAAUAUUGGUGCUGCUGUUGCGUCUGCGGCAGAUUUGCUGCCAUCCAGGUCUGAUUGAUUCGAUGUUAGAGGGAGAGGAAGCUAAGAAUAUGGACGCUGACGACAGCGCGGGGGAAUCCCUGGAGAUCGAUUUACUGGCGCAGCUUAAUAAGCUGGCCAUUAAAGACAACUCCACUUCUCCGGGUCAGUCAAGUGGCAGUCGAAACAGCAGCGAAGUGAAAGAAGAUGAGGACGGUCCGCCGCUAACUGGGGAUGAGGCUCGCAUUGCCAAGGCUUCCAAAAAUGUGCUAAAGCGCAGCAAUCCAGUUUUCAACAUGAAGCGUCCCUCAACGAAAAUGCUCAAGGUGAUGGAAAUACUGAAAUCCUCGAUUCUGAAGGGCAACAACGACAAGGCCAUUAUAGUCUCGCAAUGGACAUCGGUACUGGACAUACUGCGCGACCAUUUGGAGAAUGAUCAGAUGUCGACCCUUUCGCUGAAUGGCUCUAUUCCAGUAAAGAAUCGACAAGAAAUUGUAAACCAAUUCAACGAUCAGCGCAAUCCGAAACGCAUCUUGUUGCUGUCACUUACCGCUGGCGGUGUGGGCUUAAAUUUGAUUGGUGCCAAUCAUUUGUUGCUGCUUGAUCUACACUGGAAUCCUCAGCUGGAAGCCCAGGCCCAAGAUCGCAUCUAUCGCGUGGGGCAGAAAAAGGAUGUCAAGAUCUAUAAGUUUGUGUGUCUGGACACAGUCGAGCAGCGCAUUUUGACUUUGCAGGAACAUAAAUUGGAACUUGCCAAUGGCGUCCUAACAGGCGCCGGGGUUAGUUCAAAACUAACCAUUGAUGACCUCAAGGGUCUGUUUGGAAUUUGAGACCACGGCCGAUUCUCUUUAGUUUGAAGUAUUCAGUAUUAGGUAUUAAGCACAAACCAGAGUUCAUUUUAUUUACAGGAAAAUUUUUAUUUUAGUUAUUUCAAAGUUGUUUUUAUUUUAUUUUGUAUUUCUUUGUUUUGAAGCACUUGUAUUUAGUUUAGCUACGAUACCAUUUGAAUUGUUAAGUAGUUUACAAUGAGUUCCGUUUAAAUUGAAAUGUGUGUACUAUUAAUGUUUAAUUUCCUUAGUAUAUAUAUAAUCUUAAUCUUCCUUAAUCGCUUUCUCUGCUCAAGCAAAUACGAACAAAUUCAACUACAAUUUGAUUAGCAUAACAUUUUUGGUUGUUUUUUUUGUUGUUUUGUUUUGAAAAACUGUACAAAGGAUAAAAG